CCAUAGUGUUUGUAACUUCUACUGAAGUUCUGAAACUUGGAAGAAAUGGAGACUUCUCUCAGGUAUGGCGGAGACUCUAAAGCUCUUCGAAUCCAUGCCAAGGAGAAUUUCCCCAUCUUCACCAACAAACACUUCCAGGUUCAUGCAGCACUAGAUACAGGAAGUGGAGAUCUGGGUUAUUUUAGUGGCAUAAUUAGAAAUUUUUACCCUAAGUUAUCAACCACCCUUGGUGUUGGGUUACUGUAUGAUAAACAUGAUAAAUUCAGAUAUACAGUGCGUGGGAAGACGAAUAUUCCUGUCACAACUAAUGGUCCACUAAGUUUUAUCAUCCAGGGGAGGUACGAUGGUGAUAAUGACUUUAAAGAGAAAAAGCCAAGAGGAGCUGCAGAAUUAAGUUGGAGUAUAUUCAAUUUUCAAAAGGACCAAGAUGUAAGGUUCAAAGUAGGCUACGAAGUUUUCAAUAAGGUCCCAUAUUUGCAGAUAAGGGAAAACAAUUGGACCCUCAAUGCUGACAUGAAGGGCAAAUGGUAUGUGAGACUUGAUCUGUGAAAGAGAAACCUAGUUUGUUAGCGGUCAGAAAAUCUUCGUUUUUGUUGAGAGGAAAAAUCCAUCUUGAUUGGUUGCAUUUGGCUAAGGUAUAGACUAUAGACACUUUCAUUUA